CCUUCUUUAAAGGAAGUGCCAAAAUAAGCAGCUAUGGGCCAGAAUAUGAACACCUUUUCCACUGGUUGAUAGCAGUGGCUCACACAGCUCUGAAGAACCCUGAGAAGCAGCCUGGAGGGGAACGCUCAGUAGAACCACCAUGGAGACCGUUAGGAUAGCCCUACUCGUCUUCCUUCUAACCUCGCUCCAGCUCCUCACAACAGCACAACAAUCAACAACAAGCAAACGACCAGAUGCAUAUUCGGAUGCUGCUAAGUCUGUCGUCACAGAAACUACGACACCCGUCAUGACUGUUCCUCUUUCCACUGUAAACAACCUUGGUACAAACGUUCCUGCAACCAGUGUGACCCCAACCAAGACAGAGACUUCUACCUCAGCGCCUGCUACAUCAACAGUAACAGAAAAUACAAAGAUUUCAUCCUCACCCCUAGUCACAGUGAAGUCCACAUCUCCAUAUACUACGGAUAAUGGAACACAAGGGACCCAGGCCCCAACAACUGUUACCAAGAGUGACCCACUAAACAAAAUGCUCUCAGGUUCAGAGGAUGAAAAUACAGGUCAAGAUAGAGUCAAGGACAAUAAGAAUACGGGUCAAGAUGCCGGUCAAAAGGCUGAAGGUGAAGAGACGGAAACUCCUAAAUCAGAUAAGAACCUGCUGUGGAUUCUUUUGCCAGUCCUGGCAGUUGUGGGGGCUGCUGUCGUGUUCCUUCUGAAAAGUAAAUGCAUGAAGGACCACGAUCACACAGAGAUAACUGAUAAUGGAACAGAAAAUGCCUCUUUCCAGAGCAGGCCGGACAACGCCAAAGACGGUGUCAUGCUUCUCGGGGUGAAGUCUUCAGGCGGUGAAGACAAUGCUGCUGCAAGAUAAAAGGGAGGCCAUCCCAUUCGAAAUGACCAACGGAUGAGGACGAGCUCUUACAACCCAAAAAAUGGUCCAGAUCCCUUCACCUUCAACGAUCUAAACUGUAUGGACUAUCAAAUAUGGCGUCACAGAAUCCCAAAAGUUACUAAAGUGGGAACAUUUGUAUAUGGUUUGUGAGUAUUGUAGGAUAUGCGGCUCUUAACUGAACACGUGUCUGUUAGAAGAUAUAGCAUUUUUUAUUAUGUACGUCAUUGUUUUGUGUAUUCCAAUUUUGAUGGUAAUUUAGUCAAGAAAGAAUUGUGAUUUUAACUUAAUCAAGACCAACAUCCAGACAUUUUAGUCAGGAAAAUUAUGCUGGAUCCUGAAUUAAUAUGAAUAAAUUAACCCAAAUUGUCAUUGUCUGAGUGUACGAUGAUUGUUUGUCUCACCCCUGUAUUCAAGAUACUGGUUUUGAUUUGAUUAAAUGUACUGAACCUGAAUUCAACACACAAUUCCUCGAUUUAAACCAGUUAGUGACCAGUACACAUGGUUAACAAGUGUUUGUAUGCUUUAAACCUGUUUAAAAUAAUUAUUUAGUUUUCAGUGUAAAUGCCAGGAUUGUAAAGAUGAGCUCUUUUACCAGUAAGUUUCCUGCUUUUGAACAAGUUAUUUUGUAUAUUAGCUGUUCUUGUCAGAAAACAUUUGUCAAAUGUUUCCCAAGGAGGGUUGGGUUUGUUAAAAUCACAGAUGUAUGUUUUAUAAAAUUUGGGGUGAAAGCAAAUAAACUAAAUGUGUUUCUUUUUUGUAAAGGAGCAAUCCAUAAGA